AUGUUUCGCAAUUCCCGUUUUGACAAGUUAUUAGCGAAGUCCACCAGCGAAUUGCUGAUGGAAGCAGAUUGGGAGACAAAUCUUACUAUAUGUGAUUCAGUGCGCGGUCAAGAAGUAACGCCAAAAGAUGCAAUCAACAGCCUCAAAAAACGUCUUAAUCCUGAAAACCCACACGUCUUGAUGCUUGGGCUUUCAGUCCUUGAAGCACUCAUGAAAAACUGUGGUACGCCCAUUCAUGAUGAGGUUCUGGGAACUGACUUUGUUACAAGCCUCCUUGAAUUUACACACACAAAUGAAGAGGUCCGUUCGCGCAUAUUUGGAUUUAUUCAGAACUGGGAAUUUGCAUUUAAAAAGAAUGAGAACUACCACUUCCUGCAUGAAGCUUAUGAUGAGGUCAAACGAUCCGGAUAUCCUCUGCCACCAUUCCAUGAAAGUGAGGCUAUGUUUUCUGCUGAAGUUGCUCCUAACUGGAAGGAUGGAGAUGAGUGCUUCCGUUGUAAAUCUACCUUCACAACAUUCCGAAGAAAGCAUCACUGUCGGAAUUGUGGGAAUGUAUUCUGUGGAGAAUGCACCACUGGUCGAGCUGGUAUUCCUAAAUAUGGCAUCGAGAAAGAAGUCCGAGUUUGCGAUAAUUGCCUGUUUGAGCUCACAAGACUAGCAGCUGGUGGAAGCAGCAAUGCUGCCCGCAAAAAAGAAGUCAAGCAUCAUCAACAAGAACAAAAACAGCUCCAGCAUCAGGAGCUUCAACAAAAGCUCCAAAAGCAAAAGGAGCUAGCUGCUAAGGAGAAGGAACUGCGUUUGCAAGAGGAGGAGGAUCUUCAACUGGCUCUCGCACUCAGCGCUAGUGAGGCUGAAUCCAAGCAAAUGAAGCAGCCCCAGAACCAAAGCCAGACACCAUCAACAUCACAACAGCAGACAAAAUCGCCCAAGUCAUCGGCCUCUGCUGUGCCUCUGAUAUCUUUAAUAAAACCGCCGUCGGAUGCGGCUAGUGAUUUAGCUACAGAGGUGGACCCCGAGUUGGCCCACUACCUGAACCGAAACUAUUGGACUGGUCGUGCCGCUGCGACAGACAACGACUCAUGUAUAGGCGGUUUCAGUCCCUCGGCGCCUGCCUUUCCGCCUCCUCUCAAUCCAGACUAUGUUCCCAGUGUUGCUGAUACCUCGAAUGAAAAGUCACAGGAUUUGGAGAGGGCUCUUGUGUCCGUCGAGAUGCCACCAGAAGGUAGUACACUUCCGGGUGUCCCUCCCCUCACUUCGGCCAAACAAGAGGAAUUUCUCGCUGCUCUUCGCAAGAGUCUUGAUGUUUUCAGCAACCGCAUGCGAGUCUGCAGUCAACGUGGUCGGCAGGUUGCCACCGAUUCCACUCUACAGACGCUUUUCAAAACUCUGCAUCAAAUGAAUCUGCAAUUGAUGCAAUACUCCAGUGAUCUGGAAGUGAGACGCACCUCUCUGGAGAAAUUGCAAGAUCAAACAGCACAGAUACGCGAAGCACGCGAGGCCUUAGACGAUCUUCGCAGGGACUACGCAGAGCAGAGGCGACGUGAGGAAGAGGAGGCUCAUCGUCAACGUCAGAUUUUGAUGAUGCAGAAGGUGGAGGUUUUGCGGCAACAGAAAAUGGACGCUAUGGAGGCCCAAAGCCGACAGUUGAUGGAACAGUCUAUGGCCUUCCAACAGCAAUAUGGUCAGUAUGGGUAUGCACAACCUGCAGCGUACAACUCAAUGCCUCCUGUCCACCCUUUGAUGCCCUAUGGUGCUCCCCCCAUGGGGUAUCCCCAAGGCCCCGAAUAUUACCCCCAGCAACCUCAGCCACCCUACGACCCGUCGCUACAACACCAACCACAGCCCUCGGCAGAAAUUGAAAACCCGAAUCCUGGUGUUCUUGCAACCAAUGGAAGCGAUGAGCAGCAGGCACCAAUUGAACAAAAACCGGUUGACACCUUUGACAUGCAUCACAUGGUUCAGUCACUGGCACCACCACCAAUGCAACCUUCUGUGGAGUACGCCAAUCCUGGGGGUCCACUGGUAUCGUCCACCUUAGUUGAUCAGAUGCCCGCUCCGCCCUCCGAUGAAUUGGAUUCCUCUUCUCAUGUGGCAGAGGAAGAAAAUGGUCGGUUGAAGCCACCUACACCACAACUCAUUUGUCUUGAAUGA